AUGAAGAAACCAGCGUCGACCCUCAAGAGCGCAGCAGAGGCCGUCACCUCUACUGGGCAUGAAAUAUUACAGCCAUUGCGGGCCAAGAAUUCAGCAACCCAAAACACCGAUAUCCAGAAGAAGAAGCAUCCAGGUCUAAAUCUUGCCUUCAAGGAUGGCAUCAAUGCCAGUCGAAAGGUGUCAAACAGUGGUGUAACGGCUGUGAGCGUGACAUGUGUUGGAAACACUGAUGAUGGGAAAAUUUCCAAGUCAAUGUCUGAGUCCCUCAGUAGCAUACCUUCAGAGAGAGCGAAAGUAGGGAAAUGGGCUAACAGCAUGGCUGCAAAGUCCCAGCUGAAGCCAUCAGUGCCACCAAAUACUUGUAAUGCCGAUCCAGGGUGGCUUGAGCUGUUUGAUGACGACGACGACAAUGUAUCCGAAGAUUUAGACUUCGACAAUAACUUGACCAGGUGUCGUGGUGCACAGGGUGUUGUACACAUCUUUGAGGCCAUCAAUGGUGCACCAAGAGGAAGAAAGUGUGCCUUAUUGGCCAUCUCAGUGGAAGAACUUGAACCUGAGGAACAGUGCAAAAUGCAGGAAGACCCGGAGGCUGAUGAAGAUGCUGAAUAUCAGGAUGCAGAGGGUGAUGUUCACAUGAUGGAUGAGCAGGGCAACCUUAAGGAUUCCAUAGGUCUGCAAAACAAUGAGUCGCAGUCGGCUCACAACUUCUGUAGGGUAGAGUUGACAGAUAUGUUGGUCGGUGUUGUGGAGACAGCCAAUUCAAACAAGCCCAUCAAAACUGAAACUGGACAAUUGCCACGGUCUCGCAACAUCAAGAAAGGAAAACUGAAGAAUGUACACUUGCCUAUUGGUGCAUGGAACUCGGAAUGGUGCUCAAAAUUCAUUCCAACAGUCAUGUAUUGGAUUGGAAACAGCAACUUUUCGUGGACUAUCCCUGACGACACACUCUCAAACCUUCUCCACAAUAUCUACUACUCAGUGUACAAGCAACCGGGAGACUUUGAGGUUGAUGGCAGUAAUGGCACCUUCAAUGUGAAUUUUGGCUCGACUGCUACCACCAUAUUGAUGGUGUUUUUUGCCUGGACUGAUGAAUACAAGAUGCUGGAGACACGGAAAGCUUAUUCAGAAUAUCAACUCAAAGACUCGCGCUUUGUUUACGAAGACCCAGAUAGUGAAGAUUCACCUGGAGCUUUCUUAUCCGAGUUCAUCUUGCAUAUAUUUGCUGCACACCUUAAUGUCAUCCAAGGACACCAGUUAAUAGACACGCUCGACAUUGGCUUACCUGGAUACCAGACAGCACUGGCGCUGACUACUGCCACUGCCGAACAUGCACUUAUUUUGGCUCGCGACGACCUCAUCAUAGAAAACACUUCAGACCAUGGGAAACACAAGAUUGCAUUAACACUCAAUCAAGCAACCAACAAAAUGAGCAAUACUGGUACCACUUUUUCUGCAGGUAAUUGGGAGACUGACACGCUUGCUUACAUGGAGUGGAUCAAAGAGCUGCCCUUCAACCACGUGAAGGAGAUUGUGGAGCGAUCUCAACCAUAG